CGCUCGGCUCGGCUCGGCUCGGCUCGGCUCGGCCGCGGGCAGCUCCCGCUGUCCGGCAUGGCCCUGUCGGUGCUCGCCGGGCUCUGCCUGGCCGCCACGCUCGCCAUGUUCGCCACCGGCCUGUCUGACCUGCGCCAGAUGUUGGCGACCAAGAGUGUGGAGAACAUCCAGUUCCUGCCCUUCCUCACCACCGACGCCAACAACCUGAGCUGGCUGGGCUAUGGCUGCCUGAAGGGGGACGGGACAGUGAUCACCGUCAACGCCAUCGGGGCGGCUCUGCAGACCCUCUACAUCCUGGUGUACCUCUACUACAGCCCUGCCAAGCGCCCCGUGCUGCUGCAGGUCCUGCUGCUCCUGGCUGUGGUGGUCACUGGCUGUGGCUACUUCACCAUCCUGGUUGACACGGGGGCACGCCUGACACACCUGGGGCUCUUCUGCAGUGUCUUCACCAUCAGCAUGUACCUCUCACCGCUGGCUGACCUGGCCAAGGUUGUCCGGAGCAAGUCGACGCGCUGCCUGUCCUUCCCCCUGACUGUCACCACCCUUGUGGCCUCCAGCAGCUGGACACUCUAUGGCCUGCAGCUCCACGAUCCCUACAUCACAGUCCCCAACGUGCCAGGGAUCGUCACCAGCCUCGUGCGGUUCUGGCUCUUCCAGCGGUACAGGCCAGAGCAGGACAAGCCCUACAGCGCCCUGCCUGCCUGAGGGGGCCCUCAGGAGCACCCCAACUCUGGCCUGGGCUGGCCCCACCGCUGUCCCCUCGGCCACUCCCAGUGGGACACCAGCAAGGACCUCCUGCCUCCAGCCCUGCGUCCUUCAGCCAAGGCCCUGGAGCUCUCAGCGAAU